UUGAACGAGUCGCUUCUUCGGCUCCUUCGACAUUUUGAUCGGAAGCAACGACGGGAGCUCGCUGGCUGUGCAGAUAACUUUCUCCCUUUCACGCGCCUCUCUGGCCAAAUUUCGUAAAUCCGCCGAACUAGAGGAUUUAGCAAAUCCAGGAUUUACGGCAAACAGAGGGAAACGGAGGAUUUAUUCCGCCGUCAGAUUUACGGGGCGCUCAAAUCCCGUUUGGCAGGAUUUAGCAUAAAUCCUGCAUAAAUCCUGUUGCCAAACAGUCCCUCAGGAGCAGAUUUUCCUGCAUCUCAUGGCGCUAAAAAGCCUCUUCCGGAGGAAUAUUCUGGACCGAAUUUCUACAAGGGCGUUUCCAUUUCCCUCUUCUUCACUCUCAACUGCAGCCUCUUCAGAACAUCCCAUCCGUGCUACUCUCUUUCCUGGUGAUGGUAUUGGCCCAGAGAUUGCGGAGUCUGUUAAGCAAGUGUUCAAUGCAGCUGAAGUGCCUAUUGAGUGGGAGGAACAUUAUGUGGGGGACAAAGUAGACCCAAGAACUGAGAGCUUUUUAACAUGGGAAAGUCUAGAAUCCGUGCGCAGAAAUGGUGUGGGCCUUAAAGGUCCUAUGGCUACACCUAUUGGAAAAGGACAUAGGUCAUUGAAUCUUACCUUAAGGAAAGAAUUGGGUCUCUAUGCCAAUGUCCGACCUUGUUACAGUCUCCCUGGCUACAAAACUCGAUAUGAUGAUGUCGAUCUCGUUACAAUUCGUGAGAACACUGAAGGGGAAUAUAGUGGCCUGGAACACCAGGUUGUCAGAGGUGUUGUAGAAAGUCUUAAGAUCAUUACCCGCCAGGCAAGUUUGAGGGUGGCAGAAUACGCUUUUCAUUAUGCCAAGACAAAUGGUCGUAAAAGAGUUUCUGCUAUUCAUAAAGCCAACAUAAUGAGGAAAACUGAUGGCCUUUUCCUUAAGUGUUGCCGUGAAGUUGCUGAGAAAUAUCCUGAUAUUACUUACGAGGAAGUCAUCAUUGACAACUGUUGCAUGAUGCUCGUGAAGAACCCAACUUUGUUUGAUGUUUUGGUGAUGCCUAAUCUUUAUGGAGAUAUCAUCAGUGACCUCUGUGCUGGCCUUAUCGGUGGACUGGGUUUGACUCCAAGCUGCAAUAUUGGUGAAGGUGGCAUUGCUCUAGCUGAGGCUGUGCACGGCUCAGCUCCUGAUAUUGCGGGCAAGAAUCUAGCAAACCCGACUGCUCUCUUGUUGAGUUCGGUCAUGAUGCUGCGCCACCUACAGCUGAACGACAAAGCUGAUCAGAUCCAUAAUGCGAUUCUCAGCACCAUUGCUGAAGGAAAAUACCGAACUGGUGAUCUGGGCGGCAAAUCUUCCACUUCAGAAUUCACAAAGGCUGUCUGUGAUCAUCUGUAGGAAAUUUGAGAUGUUCUCAAGCUCAAUCAGAAUGAUAAUUUUUUUCUCUUACAUGAAACAAAUUACGUUUUGUGUUCCUUUUCUGACUUCAUUUACUUUGUAAUAUUAUUACCAAGCGAGUGUUGUAAUAAUAGUCUGCCAUGCAGCUCGAGUCACGAUUUUUGUUGGAAUCUAUUUGGAUUUAUAGAUAGUUUUCAUAUUCAGUGGAGCUAACCAAUUAACUAUGUUUUUUGGUGAAACCAUUAUGAACAUAUUGUCUAGCUUUAUAAGCAUUUUUUA